CCCCACGUUACCAGAAUUCUCCCUUCUUCAACGCGUUUUAGCACCACCGCCACCUCAUUCUCCUCCGCCGCCACCGUCAAAUUCCCCCCUCUUUAAAAAAAAAAAAUCCGCCUCUUCCUUCUCCGUCGCACUUCCCCUCCAUUUGACCAAUUUCUCCUUCUUUCCCACUACCCUCUCUCCAUCUCUCUCUCCCCCCGUCACCUAUCCCUCUCCGCCCGUCGAGUUUACCUUCUCCUUUUGCUUCCUUCCCCCUUUCCUCCAUUGUUAUGGCAGAGAUCCAUGGCGUGUCCGGAUCCAUAGCAAUCUAGGGAACUUCGAAGCCACUGAAAACCCCCCUUCUUUGCAGACUAAUCCGAGCGAAGAAGGGAAAACUCAAGCCGCCCACCCCACGCCCCUCGAUUUCUCAGAUCUCCAUAGCUCAAAGCUUAAGUCGAGAUGGAGAAGUCAGUGAAGGGGAACAUUGCGGUGCCGGCGACUACGCUGCUCUUCACGAUCGGCCUGGUCGCCUGCUGGUACUCUUCCAACAUCGGGGUCCUGCUGAUGAACAAGUUCUUGCUCAGCAUUUACGAGUUCAAGUUCCCAAUCUUCCUCACCAUGUGCCACAUGACGGCUUGCAGCUUGUUCAGCUACAUCUCCAUUGUUUGGAUGAAGGUCGUCCCCUUGCAGACCAUUCGAUCCCGCACCCAAUUCUUCAAGAUCUCCGCUUUGAGCAUGAUCUUCUGUGUGUCGGUGGUGUUUGGGAACAUCUCCCUCCGCUUCCUUCCGGUGUCCUUUAAUCAGGCUGUCGGCGCCACUACCCCGUUUUUCACCGCCGUCUUUGCUUAUGCGAUGACUCUCAAGAGGGAGGCUUGGCUCACUUACCUCACUUUGGUUCCUGUGGUGACUGGAGUCAUUAUUGCCACUGGGGGUGAACCAAGCUUCCAUCUCUUUGGGUUUAUAAUGUGUAUCGCUGCUACAGCAGCAAGAGCUCUUAAGUCAGUCGUCCAGGGUAUAUUGCUUUCUUCAGAGGGGGAGAAGCUGAAUUCCAUGAAUCUGCUCCUAUACAUGGCUCCAAUUGCUGUUGUGUUCUUGCUGCCUGCGACCCUAACGAUGGAAGGGAAUGUGGUUGGUAUUACUCUGGCUCUGGCAAGAGAUGAUCCAAAGUUCAUGUGGAUGCUGUUCUUCAACUCCGUAUUAGCUUUCUUUGUCAAUUUGACCAACUUCUUGGUCACUAAACACACAAGCGCUCUCACUCUCCAGGUUUUGGGGAAUGCGAAAGGCGCUGUGGCAGUUGUCGUCUCGAUUCUAAUCUUCAAGAAUCCAGUAUCUAUUACGGGGAUGCUUGGCUACUCUCUAACAGUUCUUGGAGUCAUCCUCUACAGUGAAGUAAAGAAAAGAAGUAAGUGAUGAUAAAAUGCCAGCACCCUAGUCAGCAUGUAAGAAAGACGACUGUGCAUUCUGUUAUUUUGUCAAAAGAUCACGAGGUGGCGGCAGCUGCAAUGCUUUCGAAAGAGCAGGUUGGCUCAGUGGAGCAAUGGUGCAGUACAAAGGGUGUAUCACACUAUUUUGGUCUCUAGAAGAAUACACCAAAAAAAAUUCUUCUUUGGAAGCCUGGGGGUUCUGGGUAGGGUUAGGGUUUUCCACUUUGUAUCAGCAACAGCUGCAGGAUGUUAGCCAGAUGAAAAAUGAAAGUUAAAAAAGAAAAGAAUAGUAGAAAACAAAGGGCUCAAUAAGAGACUUUGAUGAGUUAUCUCUCUAUUACUCCCUGCCUGGGUUUUGUAGAGGAAGAAUAUCAUUUACUCUUUUUUACUUUAUAUUCUUUUAGGAAAGAUUGUAGAAUUCAAUCAUCCCCCUCAUACAAUCAGAGUUUGUUAUUAACAUUUGUCAUAUUGAUUAAAUUUAUGAUGAAAGACUUACUCAGGAGUUCACCGUUCCAGUGAUAUUAACUUGAUCUCUCUUGGCUUUCUAUCUACUU